AUGCUCGACCCAGUCGGAUUUCGCCAAGGCCAGGAAACUCAGCCGCCUCACCCAGGCUGGCUCGAGCCUGGCCGUCUGAGCACCCACACGCUCAAUGACCAUGCUCUGAUUGACGUCGCCGCACCUGCUACCGGUGACGCAUCCACCUUCAACGACAAAAACGACUCGACUGCCUCUACUUCGGACUCGGACCUGAUGCGCCUCCUCGGCGAGUUCACGUCCGGCCCGGGCGCACUCACGCCCGCGUUGUCUCCGUCCGUACAAAGCUUCGAUACUCCCGGCCUCUCGUCUCCUUCGCUCUCGGUUCCCGUUCACGACCCGUCCGUCCUCUCCACCGGCAACGCCUUUGUCUCGGCGUCCGCCCUCGGCUUGGACGCCCUUGCGCCGGUCUCUUCUGUACACUCGCAUGAGGAGCACGUCAAGCCCCAGCUGUCGAACUUGUUUGCUCAAGCGAGCAAGCCCUUCGAUGCUGGCGACAUGUCUCUUCCGUUCGACCUCGAUUUUACCAAGUUCUCCGGCUUUGACGUUGUCACGGCCUUCCCGGUCCUCGACGUCUCGCCUCAACUCCUCGGUCCUUCGAUCAAGACCGACGGCGCACCCAGCGUCGUCGACCCACUCGUCUUCGACUCGUCUCUCGACUCGCCCCUCGGUCUUUCGGGCUCCCUGUCGACCGAGACGAGCCCGCUCUCCGACUUGCUCGCCUCGCCGCUCUUCAGCGUCGGUCCCGACUCGGCCGUCCCCUCUGCGACGAUCAGCGAGCUCCCGCUCCCUCACGUCGCGCACGGCACGCCCUUGUUCGGCUCGGCCUCGUCAGCGCCGUUGCCGACUCCGUCUCUCGCGGCGCCGUCGUCCACACUCGCUUGGUUCCCUCCCCUCCCGUCUGGUCCCUCUUCCGCCGUUCCGUCUCCUACGAUCCUCCGUCCUCUUCCCGUCGCCCCUUCCGCCCCUCACCCCUCGCCCUCGAUGACUCCCUGGACCCCCGCCCUCUCCUACCUCGACUCGGACUCGGCCCCCUCCUCUUCCACCUCAAAGCCCAAACGCGCACCAACCGGUUUCCGCCAAUCGUCCGCCCCGCUCCUCCCACUCGACGCGCCCAUCCAGCCUCGAAACUCCGUCAUCCCCUCCUCGACUUCUCGGAAGCGCAAGACCGCCGCAGCUGAGAAAGCGCUUGCCAAGCGCGGUCGGACUGCCGAGUCGGUUGCUCCCGAACCUGCUGCUGCCCCAACGGGUGAGGGCGAGGAGUUGCCGGAGGACAUUGUCGCUGCUGUCGAGCGCAAGAGGUUGCAGAACACGCUUAGCGCGCGCAAGAGCCGCGCGAGGAAGCAGGCUAGGUUGCAGGAGCUCGAGCAGGAGAAUGAGGCGCUGAAGGCGAAGGUCGCGCAGUUGGAACAGGCGUUGGGGUUGGCGAUGUCGGCGUGA